AUGCAACCUUCAUAUAAAGACUUGCACUGUGCAUGCCAAUCUAACUCGCAAACGAACCAGUCAUCAGUAUACUCCAUGUCAGAUGAUAUAUGGGAAGAUGAUGAUAAUGAUGAAGAACAAGAAGGGUACGACAGAGGUGACAACAGCAACGACUAUAAUAAAGAUGGCGUCAGUGCUCGACAACAGAAUAAGCAAACACAAAGUCUUGCAAUGAAUGAAAUUGCAAGGCGUCAUAGAAAGCAGGGAUAUGUAGAUGGCCUUGCAAAGCACCAAGAGGAGAACCUACAAAAAGGGUUUGAUUUUGCUUACUCCAUCGGCGCGGAUUUGGGUAUUAAAGUUGGUCGAUUACUAGCCAAGGCAUGUAUUGCAGAUGGCGCUAAUAACGAUUUGAAAGACAAAUCGGGUGGCAGUGGAAACGGUCUGGGAUCAUUGAAGGAAUGCAUGAAUGCACUUAACAUCUCGAAAGUUUUGGACCUGAAGUACUUUGACGACCACUUGAACUUAAAAGAUGGAAAGCAUGGGUUAAUCGAAGAAUGGCAAAACAAAAGCAAUUGA